CCCUUCCUUGACUACUUCCUUCCAGCAGUGUGUAUCAGGGACAUUCCUAGAUGUGAGAAGUGUGCAGGAGGACCUGAGAGAAAGGAAUGUGUAGUAUUGAUGUAAAAAGUUGUGUGUAUAAACUGUAGGGGUACACAUGGUGCUGGAGAUCAGAUGUGUCCGGUGAGAGAAAGACAGGUUGAGGUUACCAGGAUCACAGUAGUGUAGAAGGUGUUGUAUGCUGAGGCAGUGAAGAGAGUAGCAGAGGAAGAUGGGUCCAGGGUGAAGGAUCCUGAGAGGAUACCUGUGAUUAGGCGGAGGUCAAUAGAGAGUGAUAGGAAUGACAUGCUACAGAAAGGUUGUUUUGUUUUAAUAGCCAUGGUUGUCAACUGUACCACAGUAAUAGAAUGUAAAACAGAGUGGAUAGAUGUUGUGGUGGCAGCUGUUGAGAAGUACUUGGGUGUACAAUAUUUUACUGCAGAGUUACAAGGUGUUUUGAAGGAUAAUAUCCCAUCCUCCCAGGCUGUUGGCCUGGUGUAGGAUCAGAGGGCCAAAGAUGUGGAAUAAUUAUGAAGUUUUAAUGGGUGUAGGGUUAGUUGGCUGGGCAAUUUGUCACGAAGUGUAAUGAAAAUAGUAAGCUGAUAAAAAAGACAAAUCAGUAGGUGGCAGCAUGCACCAAUAAUAAUUGUAUGCAAACCGCCAUAAUACCGAAGAAGAAGACGUUUUGUUGCUUUUCAACAGCCCUUCUCGCAGGAAGUGUGAAUGCCCUAACAUCUAGCACGGUUGCAUUGCUGUAAAAUUCCACUGAGGACGUCGGAUUGAACAUACAUUGGGUUUUACUGGUUCGCUGCACGGAUAGCGCUGCUGUAAUCAGUCUGGUAUUUUAUAGGCUUCCUUUACUGGACCUUAGUUUUAAUUGUCUAUCUGGACUCUUGAAGAGGACGUUGUUCCAACAGACUCUCGGGUAGAGUUAGACGAUAACAGAUAACAGGAUUCUUGGUGAAUAGGGCUUUAAACGUUUUUACUUUAAUAGAUCAGGUCAAAUCUAUGUGAGAUUAGCCUACAUCACAUUUAUUUGUCACCACUAAAGUUUUGAUAUUGAAAAGGACGUCUGAUCGCUCUGAUCUGGCUGUUUUUUUUUAAAAAAUCUGAAUUCUGCAACAAAGAAAGUAACUGUAGUGUAGGCUAGCUACAGAUUUACUGUCAUGUUUUUAUUUGAAGAAAGAAUAGCUUCCACGAUGGAUCGGGACAAAGCUAGUCCGUCCCCCUCCAACCUGCCGGAGUCCCCUGGUCACAACUCUCCUGGUAGCGCCUUACUGCUGGAUCUGAAGAGGGUGUCUGUGUGGCUGGUCGACUGCAGGAAAACAGCAGGGCAGAGUGGAACUGUGAGAGAAGGACACGAGGAGGAGGGAGAUUUGAUUUCAUCAAGUGACACCCCUAACCGUCAUUCUCUCAGUGGGAGGAGCUUAUCAUCUGGGGAGCCUCAACAACAUGUUACUGACGUGACAGAGAAGAGUCUCUCCAGAUCAGAACACCUCAAGAAACACCAGCAGAGAUGUAGAGGGAAGAAACCUCACCACUACUGCUCUGACUGUGGAAAGAGUUUCACAAGCCAGAGUGGCUUCAUUAUGCACCAGCGGAUUCACACCCGAGAGAAACCGUACUGCUGCUCUCAGUGUGGGAAGUGUUUCACCUGUGCAGGAGGUCUUAAAGUACACCAAAGAAUCCAUACUGGAGAGAAGCCUUACAGCUGCCCAGAAUGUGGGAAGUGUUUUACUGCUUCUAACGCCUUCAAAUAUCAUUUGCGAAUUCAUACAGGGGAGCGGCCUUACCCCUGCCUUGAUUGUGGAAAGAGCUUCAACCAGUCAUGCAACCUGACGACACACAAGCUAACACACACUGGAGUGAAGCCUUAUAGCUGUGAUCAGUGUGGGAAGAGCUUCAAUCAGGCAGUCCACCUGACCACACACAAGCUAGCACACACUGGAGUGAAGCCUUACAGCUGUGAUCAGUGUGGGAAGAGCUUUGCUGUAGCUUCCACACUGAAUAGACACCAGAUGAAGGCAUCCAGUCAGCUAACAUCAGCACAGCAGAAAAGAGGACAAUCUGAGGGGACUCUCCUAACCGUCGCGCUCUCAGUGGGAGGGGCUUAUCAUCUGGGGCGCUUCAACCACAUCAUGUUGUUGACGAGACAGAGAAGAGUGUCUCCAGAUCAGAACACCUCAAGAAACACCAGCAGAGACGUAUAGGGAAGAAACCUCACCACUGCUGCUCUGACUGUGGGAAGAGUUUCACAAGCCAGAGUGGCUUCAUUAUUCACCAGCGUAUUCACACCCGAGAGAAAUCGUACUGCUGCUCUCAGUCUGGGAGAGUUUCACCUGUCCAGGAAGUCUUAAAGUACAACAAAGAAUCCGUACAGGAGAGAAGCCUUACAGAUGCUCAGAGUGUGGGAAGAGUUUCCCUGCUUCUCAAACCUUAAAAUUGCAUCUGAGAAUUCAAACAGGGGAGAGGCCUUGCCUUGAUUGUGGGAAAAGCUUUGCUUACACACUGGAGUGAAGCCUUAUAGCUGUGAUCAGUGUGGGAAGAGCUUCAAUCAGUCAGGCCACCUGACACACACAGGAGACACACAGGAGAAGCCUUAUAGCUGUGAUAAGUGUGGGAAGACUUAUGCUGUAGCUUCCAUCCUGAAUAGACACCACACUGGAGAGACACCUUGGAUAUAUGUGGGAAGAGCUUUGUUAAUUUAGGACCAAUGAGACAACACCAAAAAGCACAAACAUGGCUUAUUUCAUCUCCCAUCUAUCCAACACCAGUUUCAGAUCCCUAAAUAAAGUAUCUAUAGAAAACAUCUAGUGAACAGUCAUAUCCAUCUCCCAUUCUUAAACAGUUGCUUUAGUCUGAUCACCAUGGUAACCUCUGUGCAGCAUAAUAUGCAGCUCUGAUCUAGGAUCAGGUCUCCCCUGUGUCUAUGUAAUAUCACACAUUGAUCUAAAUGGAUAAAUGUUAUCAUAGAAAAUGUUAUAGUGAACCUGUGUGUUGGAGGGGGGGGUGAUAAUUAUCUUCUUUCAUAUACUCAUGAUACUAUUAUUAAAUGACAUUAUGUAGAAUAAUGUUUCAACAAUAGGUGUAUGUUCAUGUAUUCAAUUAAUCAAUACAUUCAAUCCAUUAUCUUCUGAACAAGAUGUUAUGACUUUAUAUUUUUAUAAUAAUAUCUAAAUUGAUUAAAAUGCUCCUUUAAAAUGAUCAAUAAUACAUUGGAUAAUAAUAUCCAUGAGGUCCAGGUAAUAACUAUGCAUACUGUCUCUUGUAACAAUGGUUAAUAUAAUAACUUUUAGAUUUAUGUAAUAAAACUGGUAAAUGUAAUGUCUUGUUGGUUAAUAUGAUAACAUGUUGAAUUGUAGUAAUAAAUUACUCCAUUUAAUGUAAUAAGUUACAUUAUCAGGUGAGUUACAACUUGAAUAAUGUGAAUAAUGUAAUAACACCUAAAUAAUAAUAAUGUAAUAACACCUAAACCAAUGUUUUAUGUGUUACUUCGCCAAUGUUAAUGCACAUACCACCCUCCACCAAUUACAAACCUAUGCACCUGUACUAACACACAAACCUAUGCACCUGUACUCACACACAAACCUAUGCACCUGUACUCACACACAAACCUAUGCACCUGUACUCACACACAAACCUAUGCACCUGUACUCACACACAAACCUAUGCACCUGUACUCACACACAAACCUAUGCACUUGUACUCACACACAAACCUAUGCACCUGUACUCACACACAAACCUAUGCACCUGUACUCACACACAAACCUAUGCACCUGCACUCACACACAAACCUAUG